CUGCCCUCCCGCUCCAGGGCAGCAGAUUCUUACCUAAUACUUGCAUUUUGACAAAACUCUCCCACAAAUGCUGUCAUGUUCCCUCUCUAGGCAGUGGUCCACAUGUCUUCUGAGGGGGGUUGUUUGGGGUUUUUUUUUUCUGACACCGCAACCUUUUUCUCAUUGCCUAUCAGAAGAUCGCGCGCUGUUAUCAGCGAAGGGCCAGUUUCUAGAGAAGUGCCAUGGAGACGGCAGCUGCUUUGUCAUGCUUUGGGCCAUUUUCACUGAUUUACUGAUGAAAGGCCACAUCCUUAUGUAUUUAUUACCUACUUCUGUGGAAAUGCUGAUUGGGUAAGGAGUGUGCCCCAAGGUUAAACACCAAAUUUACUGGAACCUUUCUCUUCCAGAAAAUCUCAACAAGUGACCUUUAUUCUAUCAGUUUCAAAAAUCACCCUAACCUGGUAUUUCCUUGUAGAGAGACCAUAAAAUGGUAGGGGACUGGUCCAGAGGCACUUACAGGUUCUCUGAGCACAUCAGAAGGAUGAAGAUCCAGCUCUGCCUCCUUUUGCUGGCUGCAGGCAUCUCUGCUGCUCCCCCGAUGAGCAGCAUUGCUGAAUUACUGUCACUGUUAGAGCAAAUGUGUGAGGCGAUGGCAAAGGACACGCGGAAUCUGAGGAUUGAAACUCCAGACAAUAUAGAUGAUGUGAAUUGCGUCAGCACAAUCUUUGAAGGAACGGAACAGCUGAAAACUAGUCCAGCUAUGAAAAAAUUCAGUGUUUUUUUCCAAAAAUUUGAAAGACUGAAGCAAUCACUCACACCAAGCCUGGCAAAAGAGGGGCAAUGUGAUACAGAGAGAAAAAAUGCAACAAUAUUCAUAGAAAACCUGAUGACAUUCAUCCGAAAAGCAUCAAAAACUGCAAGAGCGUAG